AGCUUGAGGCUCUCUGAGUUCGGAAGGAUCCGGUGCUGUUUCUGGGAUUCUCCCCCACCUCACCUCCACCGGCGUGAACAAGCGAAGUUUGAACCGGCUUCUCCAUGGCCUGGGCGCCCGUUCCUGGCUGAGUCGUUUUCUUUUUGGCUUGAAAGCCCCCGCCCAGAGGCCGAUUCGUCGCGGCGGCGGUUGGAUCGCAGGUCGCUCAGGCUUGCAGAUGGGUCAGGGGCUGUGGAGAGUGGCCAGAAACCAGCAGCUACAGCAGGAAGGCUACGGUGAGCAAGGCUACCUCAGCAGAGAGCAGAGCAGGAGGGUGGCUGCCAGCAACAUGUCUCACACCAGUCAUCGCAAACACGUCCAGGGGGGCAUUGACAUAUAUCAUCUUCUGAAGACAAGAAAGUCUAAAGAACAGGAAGGAUUCAUUAAUUUGGAAAUGCUGCCUCCCGAACUAAGCUUUACCAUCUUGUCCUACCUGAAUGCGACCGACCUCUGCUUAGCUUCCUGCGUUUGGCAGGACCUGGCCAAUGAUGAACUUCUCUGGCAAGGGCUGUGUAAAUCCACUUGGGGUCACUGUUCCAUUUACAACAAGAACCCACCUCUAGGAUUUUCUUUCAGAAAAUUGUACAUGCAGCUGGAUGAAGGCAGUCUCACCUUUAAUGCCAACCCAGAUGAGGGAGUGAACUACUUUAUGUCCAAGGGCAUCCUUGAUGAUUCACCAAAGGAAAUAGCAAAGUUUAUCUUCUGUACAAGGACACUAAAUUGGAAAAAACUGAGAAUUUAUCUUGAUGAAAGGAGAGAUGUCUUGGAUGACCUUGUAACACUGCAUAACUUUAGAAAUCAAUUCUUACCCAAUGCACUGAGAGAAUUUUUUCGUCACAUCCAUGCCCCUGAAGAGCGUGGGGAGUAUCUUGAAACACUUAUAACAAAGUUCUCACAUAGAUUCUGUGCUUGUAACCCUGAUUUAAUGAGAGAACUUGGCCUUAGUCCUGAUGCUGUCUAUGUACUGUGCUACUCUUUGAUUCUACUUUCCAUUGACCUCACUAGCCCUCAUGUGAAGAAUAAAAUGUCAAAAAGAGAAUUUAUUCGAAAUACCCGGCGUGCUGCUCAAAACAUUAGUGAAGAUUUCGUGGGGCACCUUUAUGACAACAUCUACCUUAUUGGCCAUGUGGCUGCAUAAAAGCACAGUUGCUGGGACUUCAGCUUUUAACUGCAAACUAAAGCUACCCAAGGACCUAUUUAGCAGAUAUGGGAGUGACAUUAGUGCUGGUCAUUCUAGCCUCUGUAUACAAUCAAGCUUGAGUGUACAACUUUUUUUCUUUUACUCUUUUCUUUUUUAGUGACUUCUUUGGGGAACUAAAGAAUUUUGCAGAAUUUUUCUUAAUUUUGCUUAUCAUGUUUUGCACAAAGCAGAGCCAUUGUCUGACACAGCUGUUAAGAAUGUUAAACUGACGUUAUAUUCUAAAACAGAUGGUAUAUUUGUGCAUUAGAUUUUGCCUGAAAACUUUAUUCAUUUCCA